CUUCAGCAUGGGGAGGUCAGUUGUAGUUGCUGUUCUGUGUGUCGUGGUGGUAGUGUCGGGCGCUGUUCAUGACGACACUCAAGUUUCGCAGCUGAGAGAAGAAGUCAAUAAACUGAAACGACGAGGUAUUAAAGCUGAUUUGAGGAAAAUAUCCAACCAGUUACGGGGAUUGGAAAGCAUGUUGAGGCGUGUGGAAAGAGGUGUUGCAGAACAAAAGGUUUGUCUCCGUGACCAAGGUGACUCAAUUCAAAAUAUCAUGAACCACUGCUGCGUCGGAGACAGAACUUCUGGUUCAACGGAAUCGCCCUCUGAAAACGUCAUUUCCACUACUGAAGCUCCCGACCAGCAACUGUCACCAACUGUAGUCGUCGUUGUCGGGACAACGCGCACGACGAUUGAGCUGGUGAUGACACCCUCUUCUAACUAUGGGGACCGAGAGGUCACAUGGUAUCAAGUUCGGCAUAAUACUUCCGGUUACGAUGUCGUCUACUCUGUUGUUGGUAGUCAAACGGACAUUCGUCAUUUUGUGGUGACGGGUUUGGUGCCCAACACGCAAUACACUUUUCAAGUGACUGCAUGGUACAGCGCUAACGACGGAGAGAUUGCAAACGUCACAGCAAAAACACUGCGUGGGACCGUCCCGUCAGCUCCAGUCGUCAACAUUGGUGAACUCACAAACAACUCUGUGGAGUUGCUGAUGUCCAAGCCAGCAUCUGAUGAAGACGUGGACGUCGAUUCCUAUGUUAUUGUUUAUCCACGUAUGACAAAUGAGCAUCGCUUCAACGUAAAAAUCACGCCACCUGUCACCAGAUUUUGGGUCAACAGUACGUGGCCACAGACUAUUCAGGUUCAAGCAGCAGCUGGUAGGGAGACUGGACCAGAAGUGCUUGUUCUUGCUUCUCCUUUAUCGGACCGGUUCGUGUCUUUGGUGACACGCGGGAUGACCACCUAACUGAACAUCGCAGAAGGCUGAUUAAAAACUUGGAGGUGUUAGAAAUUGAGAUCUGAUUAAAUCGAUGACCGAUUUUUAGUUCUUCAGUCUGUUUGCGAAUGACAUAACCCUUAUUGUCUUCAUUGUUAAAAACUGGGGAUUUUUGUUGACAUGAAAAAUGGCAUGGUGUCUGCCCCUUGGAAUUUGUCAUUUACAAAACAAUUAAAUUGGAGUGAACAUGUGUCCAACGUAUCGCUACAGGCAAAGAAGAUAUUGUUCUGUUUUGAAACGUAUAUUUACAUGUAUUUUGAGAUUUACUACACGAAAGUUGGCCCAUAUUACAUGGAGCUGAGAUUUAGGGCUUGGAUAUAUGCAAAGAAGUGAUGUAUUUAUGUUCGUGAAAAAUUGUAAAUAUGCCUGAAUCUCGUUACCCUCUUGAAGCUGCCAAUGGUAAAUGUAAUUUGGGAUCUAAAAUGAAGUUGCUUUUGUAUAAGUUUGGUUUGGGGCCGAGCAUUCAGUCUGUGAAUAAAACGUAAACAAGCUGAUUAAAGGAAAGAUAAAACAAACAUUUAGAUUCAGAGUCCUUACUCUUAUCCUCAGCUCAAUGAAAGUUUCAAUUAACUCACCGCCUAUUUUCAUAUACUUUUGUUGCGAUCCAGUAUUUCCAGCCGAUUGAUAACCAGAAGUAUUCAAUAUCAUCGUUAUUAUGGGGCUACCGGCUCAUGCGUUAGAAGAUAGUUUUUAAGGGUGCCAUGAAAAUUUGACCUGUUUAUACAGUUAAUAGUAUUAUGUAUGGGAACGGUACCUACCUCUCGAGUCUUGAAAUAUCGGUUGUGUAGGACGAGUGAUUGAGACGGGCGCCUCGUCCGUUGAUUUUUGCCAUCACAAGGGAUAAAUAUGUCAAAUCAUCUGUCAAGGAUCUUUUUAAUUGUAUUACAUCCCAUUUAAUUAUGUUUUUUUUUAAAGAAAUAGAAUUGUGAAAUAAAUGCUUGAACAUAUUAUUUGUAAUUAAGAAAUGAUCUAUUUAGACUUGGUAGAAGGAAACUUGGAUUGUUAGUGGAUGUACCUUGAUGGGUGUUGAAGUGAUGUAAAAUAAUUGUCCCAGAGAGGGUAUGUAAGACCACGUCAUUCGGAGUAUUUUUUUCCUGCCACAUUUUUAAUCGUAGAAUAUGUCUUCAUUUAACUUUGGCUAAAUUUAACAAAAAUCGCCAACACCUGAAGGGAUGAUGUAAAUCCGGCUGGGGUCCAUUCAGGUAGCAAAGGUACUUAAAGUCCCAUGGAAACUAGCAUGGUGAUCUACCUUCAGCUGCUGGCGAUCUAUAGCCCUAUUUUAUUAUGUAUUGUUACAUAUGGUGAUGCUAGUAUGCAUCGUUUUAAUCUUAAUAUGUUUUCUUAAACAUAUAACUUCUCGUCACGAUAUGGCUGAAAUAUUGCCGAUGUGACGUUAAAUAUUAACUCACUCAGUUGUAGCCUGUUGAACAGUAUCGUACACUGCAGUCCCUUGGCGGAGAACCGUAUUCCCAUGCACACAUGAGCUUUCCAGUGACCCCGAUAUCGUUAGAUGUAGAUAUGAAACGUGCGAACAAUAUCCACGAUAAAACGCAAAGUGACAACCAAAGUUCCUGUGUCGGUACUCUUACAGAUGUACCGUCGAACACAAUAGGAUGCUUAACUCUGAAGGAUGAAAGGAAUUAGUUCGGAUGCUCUGGGACUAUCCUGUUACCAUAAAUUAAUCAAUGUCUGACAAACUUGAGCACAAAGGAAUGUUUUUUUGUUUUAGGUUGCGGCGGGCCGCAUUGGUUUGACCGACGGUGGUAGUUUGGUUGUGGUGGUGAAGGCCAAUGGUAGCGAUUUGUAUUCGGCAGGAAGAAGGGUGGUGGUCGUGGCAGGAUGAAGGGUGGUGGUCGUGGCAGGAUGAAGGGUGAUGGUGGUUGACAGCGGUAGCGAUAUGUCGUGGGCGGAAGUAGGAUGGUGGUUAACAGCGGUAGCGAGAUGUCGUGGGCGGAAGUAGGAUGGUGGUUGACAGCGGUAGCGAGAUGUCGUGGGCGGAAGUAGGAUGGUGGUUGACAGCGGUAGCGAGAUGUCGUGGGCGGAAGUAGGACGGUGGUUAACAGCGGUAGCGAGAUGUCGUGGGCGGAAGUAGGACGAUGGUUAACAGCGGUAGCGAGAUGUCAUGGGCGGAAGUAGGACGGUGGUUAACAGCGGUAGCGAGAUGUCGUGGGCGGAAGUAGGAUGGUGGUUGACAGCGGUAGCGAGAUGUCGUGGGCGGAAGUAGGACGGUGGUUAACAGCGGUAGCGAGAUGUCGUGGGCGGAAGUAGGACGGUGGUUAACAGCGGUAGCGAGAUGUCGUGGGCGGAAGUAGGAUGGUGGUUGACAGCGGUAGCGAGAUGUCGUGGGCGGAAGUAGGACGGUGGUUAACAGCGGUAGCGAGAUGUCGUGGGCGGAAGUAGGACGGUGGUUGACAGCGGUAGCGAGAUGUCGUGGGCGGAAGUAGGACGGUGGUUAACAGCGGUAGCGAGAUGUCGUGGGCGGAAGUAGGACGGUGGUUAACAGCGGUAGCGAGAUGUCGUGGGCGGAAGUAGGAUGGUGGUUGACAGCGGUAGCGAGAUGUCGUGGGCGGAAGUAGGGUGAUAAUCGUGGCCAGUGUUAAUGUCAUUAGUAAUCAUAAGUAGUAUAGAUUAAGAUCGCUCAUUAAUAGUUUUUGCAGUGAACCGUUCUCGGUUAGGCGUGUGCCCAGCUUUACAAUCUUCUGUAGCGUAAAGCAAAAGGGUUGAAGGAUUAACAAACUUUGAUGAUAUAUAUCUCCUGAGGAUAUUUUUUUCUAUUCGGAACUUUUCACAUUCGCUAAAAUCAUUCGAUGUGACCUGAGAUAUGUUGCUUCACUGAUAAGCCGUCGGUUGUGUUGUAAGAAAGUCAAUUGGCUGAUGGGAAUGGCAGAAACCUACGAUUCUUCCCGGUUUGGUAAUAGUCGACCUGCCACAUCACGCCGACUGGAAUUUGUAUUUUAGUGAAGAAAAAAAUCUUUAAAAAAUCUUAUGAACGAUAUCGAACAAGGUAUUGGUGGUAGUCUGUUAUUUUGUGGUUUGAUGGGUUUUUUAAUCUUUCUGAUUUUGCACAUUUCAUUACACACCGAUAUUUUGUGGUAAGGUCACAUGUCUUCUGUGCGUAUCUUGUGAACUUUGGGCCCGGUGACAUCAGUGUAACACGAUGUUAAAUGCAUGUUGA